UCCUAGGAACAAAGAUAUGUUUUUCAUAAGCUCCACGACUGCAAAGGCAGUGCAAGGACUUAAGUUGAUAGGCUCCACGACUGCAAGGGCAGUGCAAGGACUUAAAAUUUUAAUCGUAAAAAGCAG